CUCACGAGCUCUCAUUACCGUGUUGUACAGCUGGUGAAAGUAGUAAGCUGACCUCGAGAAGAAUUCAACACACGAACUGAAACUACUACAGAAGCACUUGUAGAUGAACUACUAUCUCAGGAAAAGUAUCUUGUAACCUGUAAGUUCGUAACUCCAAGUGCCAACUGUCAACAGAACCGUGCGCUUUUUACGCAUAGUCUAAUAGCCUAACCAAGAAGUAUGGACGUGAGCGCCGAAGCAAAGAGAAUAAUGGCCGUGUCCAUAAGCAAGCUGUACGCUUCCCGAACCCAGCGAGGAGGUAUGAGGCUACACCGGUGCCUUUUGCUCUCCGUGGUCAUGCGUUCCGCCCGGGACCUGUACCACUCUGCCUGCCUGGCCAAGGAGAGGGAGGAAUUGGGAACCGCACAACCAGUCCCGGUAACGGCUACAGAGGAAAAGGGGGAGGCGAUGGAUACAACUACCAGCGGAGACCAAGUCGAUAUGUCUCGGGUCGAGACAGAACCCGAGCCGUCCCUGACCCCAACGUUAACUGAGGAGAUUCAAACAUCCAGUGACCCUGAAUCCACUCAGGGCCCACCAAAACCCGCGAAGAUUAGUGGAAAGAACACGGUGGAGGAUAAAGAGAACCGCAGUCCUGUGAGCCCCGACAGGCAUUCCAGGAAACGCCGGGGAAAGGCGUCCGUGGCACCAGACUUUCUCCCUAGCAAGAGGGCCAGACUCUCAUUGGAGCUGGGGGAGGAGAGGGCGAUCAGAACCGGUCAAAGGAACUGUUGCCGCUCCGGGGACUCUCUUAUUACCAUGUCACUAAACUCAAACCGGGCCAUCGCAGCGUUCUGAACUGAAAAGAAACGGCUCCAAAUUGAGAUCUGUUGAUGAAACCUUUAAACCCCUGGUAAAAACACCGGACGGGUCAGGAGGAAGCUGACUUACAUCGGCAAGCCCGGAACAAUGGGAUUACCGGGGCCAGGUUACGACGUCUCUCGCCUCGCGGCCAAACGGUUACAAGCUAGAACUGGGUCUCAGCCGGUGCUCGACGAGAACAACAGGGCGUAGAGAGAGAAAAAAUAUCAAACAGAAAGAGCGAUAGGAAGAUAACAACGCCCAAACUAGAUCUAGACCUUCAGACUCGAACAGAGCUGAGUGACUUUCGGAAAGUUUGAGGAAGUGGUAAAACUCAUGAGACAAAAAGUGUUUCUGUGGUGAGUAAGGAAAAAGUUCCAAUGCUGACGCAUACUUUCGGAGGGGUGACUCAUGAAGCACGAGACUGAUAACACAUGUUAAGUUGUAUUUGUAACUGUCAGCCACUGGGAAAUAACCUACUCUGCUGGUUUAAACUACAAAAACAAUGGGUGAAUUUGCCUUGAUGUACACAUGAAUGACAUUUUGCCAGAGAGUCUGCUGAUUAUCCUAAGUACUGUUGUUAUGGUUUAGGGAACUGGUGAACAUUUUAGGCUACUGUGGCCUAGUGAAAUGGUGCUCAACAUUAAGAGGCAUUGUGUCCAAGUGUCACAUUGUCAAAUGGCAUUUAAAUAAUUAUAAUUUAAAAAAAUUAAGUGUGAACAGUCUGAAAUGUACUGCACAGACAAUGCAACUCAUAUGUGAAAUGAUAUAAGCCAUUUAUUUAAAAUAAACUUUAAUAAGAGAUUGUUAUUUUUAUACUCUUCGGUUUUAAACUGUCAGAUAUGUAAUAAACAUUCUGAAAUGUU